AUGCCGAUGACCGGGGCGAGAGAGAGUGGGAGAGAGCGAGAGGGGGCGAGUGCUGAGGGACUAUCACACACACACCCUUUAGACCGGUGCGAGGGAGAGAGAGAGAGGACGGAACUCAAGGCUAAAACUCCUUUGGACCAGGAGAAGGCGUACCAGGAGCGCAAGGAGGAGGAGCACAACAAGAAGGUCUGCGCCCUCAAGGAGGAGCUGACCAAGCUCAAGUCCUUUGCCUUACUGGUCGUCGACGAGCAGCAACGCCUCACCGAGCAACUCGGCCGCCAAACCGCCACAGUCACCGAGCUCUCCUCGGCCGGCGCCAAGACCCAGGAGGAGCUAGCCUCUGUUGCCGCCCGCCUGAAGGAGGAGGAGUCUAAGGUGUUCCGCCUUGAGUCGGAACUCCGCGACCUCGCUGUCGGACACCACCAGGAGCAGGAGGCCAUGACGGCCAAGCUGGCGGGCGAGGACGCCCAGAACCGUGUGCUGCGGCAGAGGCUGUCUGCACUGAGUCGACAACUGGACGAACUGGAAGAGACGAACAAGACCCUGCGACGGGCCGAGGAGGAGCUGCAGGAGCUCAGGGACAAGAUCGGGCGAGGGGAGGGCGGAAACUCGGGGCUGGCGUCGGAGGUGGAGGAACUGAGGCGGAGGGUGCUGGAGAUGGAAGGGAAGGACGAGGAGUUGAUUCGCAUGGAGGAGCAAUGCCGCGACCUGAACCGGAAACUGGAGAAGGAGGCAGGGCAGAGCCGCGGGCUGAAGACAGAGGUGGACAAGCUGAACCAGCGCAUCCUGGAGCUGGAGAGGCUGGAGGACGCAUUCGGGAAGAGCAAAGUGGAGUGCGGCUCACUGAAGAGCAACCUGGAGAGGGAGCGGACGGUUUCCAAGAUGGUGGCCGGGGAGCUGGAGGUGCUCAGGGAGAAGGUGAAGGAGCUGGAGGCGGCGGAGGCCCAGCUGGGCAGGACAGAGGUGGGCCUGAGGGAGGACCUCGCCAAGCUGAAGACACUCACCGUGCUGCUGGUGGACGAGCGGAAGAGUACGGCGGAGAGGAUGAGGCAGAUGGAGAGCAAGGUGCUGAACAGCUCGGGGAAACUGCAGGCUGAGCAGGAGAUGGUGAACUCAGUCACCGAGCGAUUAAUCGAGGAGAGCCGGAAGGCACUAAAGUCGAAGGCCGAACUGGAGGAGAAAGCGUGCAGGGCAGCGAGGGAACGGGACGAGCUGAGGGCGAGGCUGAACGUCGAGGAGGGGAAGAGCAAGGACUUGGAGGCCAAGGUGGGCAUGAUGAAGAAGAGGCUGCAGACGCUGGAAGGCAUCGAGAGGGAGUACCUCCGGAGCAACAUCGAGGGGAAAAAGGAGCCGAUCAACGCGUCCAUCAAUACCAAGCGCUUCCAGCAGGAAGACAACAAGGUGAAGGAGCUGACCCAGGAGGUGGAGCGUCUCCGGAGUAAACUCAAGGACGUGAAGGCGCAGGAGGUGGUGGAGAGGGUGGAGGGCGAACCGCUGAAGACGGAGGAGCGCGAGCUGCUUGAGAAGAGUUUUGCCGAAGAGCACGAGAUGGCCGAGACGCUGCGGGGCGAGCUGGCUGCGUCACGCACAGAGCUGUCAAACUACCAGAAGAGGGAGUGCGGGCAGGAGCAGGUGCUCUACAAGCGUCUGAAGGAGGAGGAGGCCAAGUCGGGCCACCUGACCCGUGAGGUCUCGGCCCUAAAGGAGAAGAUCCAUGACUUCAUGGGGACGGAGGAGAACAUCUGCCGCAUGAAGAACGACCAGUCGACCCAGCAGAGGAGGCUCACACAGCAGGAAGUGCGGAAUAAGGAACUGGCCCGGGAGAUGGAGACCCUGACCGGGGAGCUUGAGAGAUACCGACGCUUCAGCAAGAGCCUGCGCCCAGGGAUGAGUGGUCGACGGUUCUCGGACCUUCACGUCUCCACAAAGGAGGUGCAGACGGAUGCGGUUGAUUUCCUGGGGUCCCGUUGCUCAACAGAGGAGCCGCUGGAGCGGGCGGUGGUCAACGGGAGACUGUAUGACGCAGGCGAGUCGGAGGAGGAGGGGAGUGAGAGCGAGAGCGAGAAUGAGUGUGGACCCUCGCGGCGGACCGAUGCGAACAACCGCAACAACAGCCUCAUCCGAGCGGCGCGCUUCCCACUGACCCCGCCCCCGACGCUGGUCAAUGUGAAGGCGUUGCCAGGGGCCACCAGGCUCAACGGGAACCACCACGGGGAUCCGAAGCAGCCGCAGCAGCAAAGCGAUGUCUUGCUAAGCAACAACCCCGGCCGACCCCUGCACAUCAAGGUGAACCCUGAACCCCGGUUGAACACGGCCCUGUUGGGGAUAGGCUCCCUGGGGGUGGUUGCUGUGGAGACGGCGCCGUCGUACACCAGCACUGCCGUCAUCCCCACCAGCGGGGGGGGGGCGGCCAAGCCGAGGAUCACCAUCAUCCAGAACGCUUCCGUCUCCCCUGGCAACAAGUCGGUGUCGCCGUCAUCGAGGGCCAAACGCUCGCCGC